CUAGUCUAUGCUCGUUGCUUGUACAUAAGGUGGAAUCAACGUGGCAUAAAAUAAAUUAAUAAAAAAAUACGAAAACUAAAGCCAGUGUUAUUCUACCAUAAAUUUUUCUCAUCAAAUUUUUAGAUUUGUUGAAAAAGUUUGAUGAAGCAAAAGUAAAGAAAAAAAAAUUGAAAAUGAGCAACCGGCAAAAGUUUUUGGAGCGAAAUAGCUACGAAACAUAAGUUUUGGAGGAUUCAAGUAUAAAAAAGUUUUUUCUGCGCUAUGGGAGGUGAGACGAGCGACAAGAAUCGUUGUAUCGCGUGGCUCGACUGACGCUUCGUAAAGCGCGAUAUCUCAUUUUCGCUACAGCCGCCGCAUUGCGACUACCGAGAAAAAACUUGACGAAUCAACGACUUUCCUAUUAAAAAACAUACAUAAUCUCCCGAAAUGGAUGAGAAGACGAUCGACUCGAUUUUCGCGGGCUCGAUGAAGUCCCUGCCACCAGUCAGUUCGAAGAUCGUACGAAUUUUCACCAGUUCGACGUUCACGGAUACAACGAUGGAGAGGAAUACUCUGAUGGCUCAAUGCUAUCCGAAAUUGAAAGACUAUUGUCGAGAGAAGCACGGUUUAGAGUUUCAGGUUGUCGACAUGAGAUGGGGUGUGAGAGACGAGGCAACGGACGAUCACAUGACUACCGAGCUCUGCAUGCGCGAGAUCGAAAAUUGCCAACGAUUAUCCAUGGGGCCUAAUUUUGUCGUGUUUCUUGGUCAAAAAUACGGCUACAGGCCGAUACCGACGUACGUGCUAAGCGCCGAGUUGGAGAUGCUGCACGACGAGCUCGAGAGCCAAGGCAUCGACGUCUCGGUGCUCGACCAGUGGUACAAGAAGGACAGCAACGCGGUGCCCGCGUGCAGCAUACUGCAGCCGAUCUCGUCGAUACUCAAGAACUUCAACAACAAGCGAAUACCGAAGCUGCAGCAGGAGGACCAGGCCAUCUGGUGGGACACCAUGGUGAAGAUGCAGAAGCUGUUUCGCAAGGGCGCCCAGGCGCUCUACAACAGCGGCAAAUUCGACAAGGACACGAUGCACAAUUACUUCAUGUCGGUCACGGAGCGCGAGGUCAUCAACGGCAUACUCAACGUCAAGAACACCAAGAAUCACUGUCUCGCCUAUCUGCGCUACAUCAACAAUAUCAAUCUGCAGAAUUUGCGCAAGGCCAGCCUGUAUCUCGACAUACUCAACAGGAGUCUGGACAACGAGGCGUCGCGACUGCUCGCGGAUCUGCGCGACGUCCGGGUGCCCAACAAAAUAGAGAGCUCGAAUUUGCAAAAGUACACGGUCGAAUGGAUAGGUCGCGAAGGUUUGGAGGUCGAGACGCACAGCGAGUACUUGCAGCACUUUAUAACGCAUUUCUACAGGAACAUCAUCAAAUUGGUCGAUCGAGCCAUGAAGAAGGAGGACAGCUCGGCGCAAGGACAAAUUAUCACUGAAAUACUUCAGCAUCUUCACGCUUGCAAUAAUUCCGUCAAAAUAUUUUACGGACGCGAGGAGAACCUCGAGAGAAUCAAAAACUACAUGCUGGGAAACAACGAGAAACCGCUGGUGUUUUACGGCGAGGGCGGCUGCGGCAAGACGUCGCUACUGGCCAAGAGCGCCGGACUGUCCAACACCGUUUGGCUGGCCACGAAGAAGCCCAUCAGCAUCAUCCGAUUUUUGGGCACGACGCCCGACAGCAGCGCGCUCACGCCCACCCUCAUAUCGAUAUGCCAGCAGAUCUCCUACAACUACAUGCUGCCGUUCGAGGAGAUACCGGACGAUCUGGUGCCGCUGACGGCGCACUUCAAGCACCUGCUGACCCUGGCCACGAGCGAGCAGCCGAUUCUGCUGUUCCUCGACAGCGUCGACCAGUUGACGGGCGCCCAGGGCAACAAGCUCUCGUGGCUGCCCACGCGGCUGCCCGCCAACGUCAAGAUGAUACUGUCCUGCGCGGCCGAGGAGUCCAAUCCCGUCAUAUCCAAGGACUAUCAUCUGCUGAGGCGCAUGAUCGACACGGACGAGCAAUUUGUCGAAGUCACGGCUCUGGGCGAGGAUCUGGCCAUGGAUGUCGUGAGAAUGUGGAUGAAGAUGGCCCAUCGCGAUCUGAACAACUAUCAGUGGCGCCUGGUGGCCAACGCCAUCUCCAAGUGCUCGCUGCCGAUCUUCGUGAAGCUCGUGUUCGCCGAGAUCUGCCGCUGGCGCAGCUACACCAAGCCCGCAGACACGCAUCUCGCCAACACCGUGAUGGACAGCAUCAUGAUGCUGUUCGAGCGCAUCGAGAAGCAGCACGGCAAGAUACUGGUGUUUCACGCGCUGGCCUACAUCACCGCGGCCAAGUCCGGCCUGUCCGAGUCCGAGCUCGAGGACCUCAUAUCGCUCGACGACAAGGUCCUCGACGACGUCUACCAGUACCACUUGCCGCCGGUGCGCCGCAUACCGCCGCUCCUCUGGACGCGGAUACGCAACGAUCUGCCCAACUAUCUGAGCGAGCGCGAGGCCGACGGCGUCAGCGUGCUCAACUGGUAUCAUCGGCAGUUCCGCGACGCCGCCAAGGAGCGAUACUUCAAGAAUCUCAAUCUCGCCACCUACUUCCACUCGAUGAUCGCGGAUUAUUACUUGGGCAUAUGGGGUGGCGGCGUACCCAAGCCGUUCAAGUACACGGAGAUACAGAGGCACAGGUUCAAUCUGCAGGACAGGGAGGGCAUCGCCGACCGGAAGGUGCCCGAGCAACCGCUGGCCUUUUACUCCAAAGAGGGCAAGAUAUCCAGAUACAAUUUGAGAAAGUUCGGCGAGCUGCCGUUUCACCUGGUGCGCUCGAACCGAUUCAAGGACCUGUUCGAGAGCGUGCUGUUCAAUUACGAGUGGCUGCACGCCAAGCUGAGCUCGUGUCCGCUGCAGGCCGUGCUGUCGGACUUCGAGGACGCCUGCGCCUUCAUCGAGGACCAGAACCUGGUGCGCGAGCUGAUGCUCGUGGCGGACGCGCUGCGCCUCGGCGGCGCCAUCCUGGCCACGCACCCGGACAUGCUGGCGCCCCAGCUGGUCGGUCGCCUCCUGCCGGAGAUCGGCAGCAACAACAACGUGCGCAUGCUGCUGCAGGCCUGCGACGAGGACGGCGCCAAGGACUGCGCCCUCAUGCCGGUCUAUCAUUGCCUGCACACGCCCGGCGGUCCGCUCAAGUACUCGCUCGAGGGCCACCAGUUCGCCGUGUUCGGCUUCUGCAUGACCUCGGACUAUCGCUACCUCGUCUCCAUAUCCAACAAGUUCAUCACCUGGGACCUGAGCACGAGCGACCUGACGCGCGACGUCAGUCCCGGCAUCGAGGGCAUCAUGCAGCAGCUGGUGCUCAGUCCCGACAACAGAUACGCCGCCGCUUUUACGAAUAAUAAUCAGUCGGUGGUGCUGAACACGCUGACCAGCGAGUUCGUCAUCAUCAACAAUCCACUACCGAACAAGGAAAACGUUUGCGGCGUAUUUCUCUUGAAUCAGAGCUCGUUCAUUUACGGCAAAACCGGCUGGUGCCGAUUCGAUCUGAGAGGAAAUUUGCUGGGCAAUCACUCGAGCCCCGAGGAUCCCAGCCAAUGGUGCAUUCUAGAGAUGGAAUUUUUCACCCUCGACGAUUACAAGAUCAUCUUUUGGACGGGAAACCUCGAGGACUCGACAAUGCUGCUGCACGUUUAUCGCGACAAGAUCGGCAUCGAGCCGUUCAAGUUUCACAGCGCCAUGGCCAUGACCAAGGACAAAAAAUUCGUCUACGCGUGCACCAGAAAGGACACGUACCAGGUGACCAAGUACGAGGUCGCGGACGGCAGCCUCGUCUGGGAGGAAAAGCUCGACCUGCCGAGGGCGCGCAACGACGAGACCGAGUACGUGCUGCAGCUGAAGCUCGACAAGGAGGACAGAACUUUGCUGGCCACGACGGGCAACGGCUUCGUCGUUUGGUUCCUGGACGGCGAGGAGGAGGAGGGGGAGGAGCGGGAAAAAGCAUCGUCUCGAGCGAUAGUGCUGCAGCUACCCAAUGCCGUGAGAAACAUAAGUACGAGAAUGAUGUGCUCGAAUUCGAUAAUGAUAAGCGGCACGAAGGAUUAUGCCGUGGCUGGAGUGAGGAAAAAUUUAUACGUUUGGAAUUUGGAGACGACCGAAUUGGUCAAAGUACUGGAUGCUCAUUUUGCUCGGAUAAUUCAAUUGGAAGCCCUAACGAUCGGCAAUUGGAACAGUGUCAUAACGUCCAGUAUCGACAGAAGUGUCAAAGUCUGGAAUAUCAAUAAUAUUUUUGAACAAGUUCAUGUCAUUGACAGGCAUGAAUUACAAAUUGACUCGAUAAGUUUAGCAGAAAAUUGCAAUCUGGCAGCUACGGUGACAAGAGGCUGUGUCGGUGUUUGGGAUUUGCAAACUGGAAAAUUAAUUUCAAAAUUAGCAGAUAGUCCUUUGGGAGCAAUAGUUACACAUGCUUGCAUAACUCAAGAUGGAAAAUUCAUAGUUUCGGUAGAGUCUGGAAACGUUUUGAUAUGGAAUCGCAUAACAGAGCAAGUUUUAUUUAAAGAAGAACAAGCUGAUGUUAGGCAGUUAAUACUAAUCAAUGAUGGUUUAAAAUUUGCUACUAUUUCAAGGGCAAAUAAUCCACCAGGUAUCGAGAUAAUGAGAACUAAUGUUACAGUUAUUAUGAGGAGUAUACCAGAUGGAGCAAAAUUAUUCACUUUUGAGUAUCCAGUAAGAAGUAAUACCGGUAUUCCAUUUAGAGAAAUUGUUUUGACUUCCGAUUCUUUACACAUGGUAGUACCUGCAGCUGAGAAGGGAAACAAAGAUUGUAUCAUGAUAUAUAAUACUAAAACUGGUGGUAAUGUCAGCAAAAUACCAAUAAAAAUACCCGGAUUUAAGGAAAUUGUUGCAGUAGUAUCGAUGCCAAAUAAACCCCAAUGGAUAGGUAUCAUAGGUUCUGAUAAAGGUAGUAUUAUGGAUAUAGUUAAGAAAAAAGUUCUACGAUCUAUUCCUAAAUGGAGUGGAAAUAUAAGCGGUGAUGGUAAAUAUACAUUGUAUGCUCCAAGCAGAGGAGGAUUAGAAUUAGUUGAACUCAAAAAAGGAGAAACUGUGAAAACUUAUAUUCCAAAAGUAGCAGAAGGUGUUUUCACUAUUAUUUCAAUGUUUAAUAGAACAGAUGAAUAUGUUCUUUAUUAUCACAGUGGACGCAAAACAAUAAGAGUAUUUAGGUCAUCUGAUUGUGAAAUGAUAGCUAAUUAUAGAGUGCAAGCUGAAUUAAGUGCAAUAGAUAGUACUUAUGAUGGAAAAGGCAUAGUUUUGGGAACUGUUGAUGGUUGCCUCUCUGUUUUGGUUUUAGCUGAUCCAAAAAAACCUGAGAUGAAAGAUUAUUUGGCAAAUUUACCAUCUCGCGACGAAAAAUGGAAAAAACGGAUGGAAAAGCAACGGGCUACGACGAAGUUCAAGGCAGCGGUGCGCAUUGCUCGAGUGACCUACGACUUGGUGAAUUUGGUGCGCUCGGAGAACGCCUCGGCAGCCUCGGCGAACGACGAUCAAGAGCAAUCGAUGUAGCAUAUUAUAAAAAACGACGAGAAGUAAAGUUAAAUCGACAACACAAUAUCACAAGAUUUUCAUUCCUUAAAUCAAAACA